CUUCUCCUCUGCUGGCUUCUGGGUCACCUUAAGGAGAGGCAAGACCCACAUCAGCCUCAGGGGCCCUGCCAGCCAGUCCUAACCCCCCCCCCGGGUGGGCAGCAAAUAGGCUGGGCAGAGGCCACCCUGGACAGUGGAGAGCCCAUAAGGGGCAGAGAGGGAGGGAGGCGAGCAUCACAGAGCCCAGCCCAGCCCAGCAGAGCCCUGGGACACCGGGCUGUUCUCGCUAGGGUCCCCCUUCCCCACUGGGGGGUGGGGGGGAAACAGUCUUGGCCACUUUCCUGCCAGGCAGCAGCGAGCGGCGGCGGCUUGGUGCAGCCACCCGAGGGGCACGGUCUCCCCAAAGGGAAGCCCAGCCGGCCUCUCCCGCUCCCCAAACAGGCUCAGCAGGUCUUUCCAGCCGCCUCCUGGCGGGCGACGGGAAGAUCUGGCCAAGGCGGCUCGUCUGACGGGCUGCCGGGGGAUCCCGGCACGAGGCUGGACCGAUGUGGGUGGCUGGCCGGGCCCCGGCGCACGGGAAAAGACGGCCGUCCUUCCACUCCCGAGAGGAGCCUCUGCUCCCGGCCAGUCGGCGGAGGUCCGGCCUCCAAGCCCCUUCCUCCCGCUCUGCAUCGCCCCCAGCUGCUCCGGCCCCCAGGCCAAGGCCGCGCCGAGGGGAGGGGCGGGGCGGCGGAGUUUCGCUCCAGGGAGAGGGCUGCGACCCCCCCCCCCUCGCCCCCGCAGGGACCGGGCAGCAGGAGGGCGGGGGAGGCGCGCCGAGGGGGCGGUGCUUGUGGCGCCGGACGCUCCUCCUCGCGGGCUCCCCAGCCAAUCGGCGCCCGCCCCCGCCCCCCCGCCCCCCCCCAGCCCUGAAACCGGAGUCAGCAGAGCCGCGGCCAGCCUGGCCGGGAGGGAGGGAGGGAGGGAGGCGCCAGCGCUUCCCGGAGCCGGCGAUGGAGCGGCCACCGCAGCAGCCCCGACGCGCCGCGCGCUAGCGGCUCCCAGGCCCUGCCUCGUCUCGGGAGCCCGGUCAAAGCUCCACCAUGAGGCUCCCCCUGAUCUGGGCAGUGCUGCUCUUCCAAGCUGGGAGCCUUGCCCGGGGCUGCCCGGCCGACUGCCAGUGCAACCAGCCCCAGACCGUCUUCUGCAUCGCCCGGAGCAGCCCUGCCAUCCCGCAGGGGCUGCCACCAGACACGGCCCACCUGUACAUGUUUGAGAGCGGCCUCCGGACGCUGAGCGAGGACAGCUUUGCCGGUCUGCCCUCUCUGCGGCUCCUGGACCUCUCCCAGAACCUGCUCUCUCGCCUGCCACGCAACGUCUUCCAGCCACUGCCGGGACUCCACAAUCUCGACCUGUCCUCCAACCAGCUGCAGGAGGUCACCAACGAGAGCUUCCAUGGGCUGCGCCUGCUGGAGCGGCUCUACCUGGACCGCAACCGGCUCCAGAGCAUCCACCCGGCCGCCUUCAACUCCCUGGAAAACCUCCUGGAACUGAAGCUCCAGGACAACCAGCUGCAGACGGUGCCCCCUCUCAACCUGCCCACCCUCCUGCUGCUGGACAUCAGCCGGAACAAAAUCGCAGCCCUGGAGACGGGCACCUUCCGCGUCCGGAGCCUGGAGUCCCUGAAGAUGGCCGGGCUGGGCCUGGGCAGCGUGGACGAGGAGCUCCUGCAGAGCCUGCGCAACCUGCAUGAACUGGACGUCUCGGACAACCUGCUCGCCAGGGUGCCCGGGGUCCUGAGCCAGCUGCCCGGGCUAACCAGGCUCAGCCUGGCAGGGAACGGCCUGAUCUCGCAGCUGCGGGCAGAGGACUUUCGGCAGCUCCAGCAGCUGCAGGAACUGGACAUCAGCAACCUCAACCUCAACGGGCUCCCCUGGGACUUCUUCGCCUCCUUCCCCAGGCUCCGGGCGGUCACCGCAGCCGAGAACCCCUUCAACUGCGUCUGCCAGAUGAGCUGGAUGGUCAGCUGGGCCCGGCUCAGCAAAGCCUCGCUCCGGAGGCCGGAAGAGACCCGCUGCCACUUCCCCCCCAAAAACGCAGGCCGCUUGCUCCAGCAGCUGGAGUACGCAGACUUUGGCUGCCCCAGCACCACCAGCAGCACCAGCACUGUACCAGCAACCAGCCCCAAGCUCCCCAGCCCCCUUCCCAGCAGCAGGCCCCUCCACCCAGAGGCCGGCACCGCCCAGCCCACCACCAGGCCUGGCGGCCUCACGACCAUGGCCUCGCCCGCCCCAGAAGGACAGCCAAGCCCGGAGGCCCGGCUCUGCCCACCGCACGCCUGCCGUAACGGCGGCCUAUGCCAGCCCGGCCCCAACCGCCACCCGGAGUGCCUCUGCCCCCUGGGCUUCACCGGACUGUACUGCGAGGUGGCCGGGGGGCAGGCGACCUCUCCGCCAGAGCCCACCCAGGCCACGCAGGUAGCCGUCAGGCACGUGGGGAGCACUUCGGUCAAAGUGGACCUGCAGAACUACAUCCGCGCCAAGCCCCAGCUCAAGGGCAUCCGCCUGACCUACUGGAACCUCUCGGGGCCAGACAAGCGGCCCGUCACCCUCAGCCUGCCAGCCGCCCUGCCCGAAUAUACCGUGCGGGCCCUGAAGCCCAACUCCUCCUAUCACAUCUGCAUCGGGGCCCUGGGUGACAAGGCCCCACAGGAGGAGAUCUGCGUGGAGGCCCACACGCUGCACCCGACCCACCAGCAGCACGCCCCCGUCACCCGGGGGAAAGGCCCCGACCUGCCCCUGGUGGUGGCGCCUUCCGUGGCGGCGGUGCUGCUCUUGCUGGGGGUGGCGGUCGCCAGCUCCUACUACGCACGACAGCGCAGGCAGCGGAGGAAGGCCCAGGCUGCGCCCGGGACCCGCAGCCCCAGUCCGUUGGAGCUGGAGGGGGAGAAGGGGGAUCUGGUGACCCAGAGUCCCAAGACUGCGGCAUCCCUCAGCCUGGAAUACGAGGUGCCUCUCAUGCACCCGCAUUUCACAGGCACUGCCCCCCCUCGGGCCCCGGGCCCUUCCUACUUUUAGGGCCACUGAAGGGUGUGGGUGGCUUCCUUGGUGCCAGUCUGGGCAGUGUCCAGGGAGAGGCCACCUCCCACAGCACCUGGUCCUCUGCCGAGGGCAGCCCCAGCCCUACAGACCUAGGGGGGUAGCUGGAAAACCAGCCCCAUGAAGGAGCAGCGCCUUUUCCAUCAAUCGAGGAGGAGGAGGAGGAGGAGGAGGAAGAGGGGCUCAACACUGAAGCCUUAGUUGUGACUGCCUGGUCCCUUUCCUAACAGACUGAUCUCUUUUGUAAAAUCAGACGAUAAACGCUUUUGUACAAAAAUAUGUUUUCUACCUAUUGUGCGGGUCACAAAUGCUUUUGUAGGGACGUUGUGAGUGUGAGCAAGAGAGCCUUGUUCACAGGAGGCAGAAACGGUACACAGUGCAAACACGCAGCCUCUGGUUCUUACCGCAGGCGGAGAAUACAGAAUGUGCCGGAGGACCCCCCCUCCCUUUUGAGCCCGGCUGCCCCCCCCUUCAACACCCGAGGCAACUGAGCUGCAGCCCUGGGAGCCAAGGAGCUUCCACAGCAUCAGAGGUGGGACUCAGCCGGGCCUGGGUGCUUCUGGAGAACCGGGAGCGGAAAUUUUGAGUGGUU